AUGGUGAAUACUCGAUCAGAAACCAACCGAGUUCCUCGGGAUGACCGAAAUGCCCGAGACGAAGGAAACUCCAACGAUCCCCAAUUCGCUCUCCUGAAUGAAAGAAUGGAGCAGAUGGCCAAGAGCAUCGAGGAUUUGGCCACCAUGAAUGCUGUCCUUCAAGCCCGGGUUCCAGAACUUCACCGAACUAUCACUGACCCAGGAAAUCGAGAGGAAGGCAGCCGAGUCGAAGGAACAGAGGAGCCGAACAAAGAAGAAGAAGUCCCGGGAAAUCCUCCACCUGUUCAACCCGAAGCAGCAAGGGCGGUAGAAGGCAUGAUUGCUCGGUUGGAACAAAGAUGCAAUGUUCUAACCGCAGCUAUUCAACGGAACGAUAAGGGAAAAGCUUCCUUGGUGGAAAACCUUCUACAGAAGACCACCUCCCCAUUCACCGAGGAGGUGGCAAAUAUCUGCCUUCCUGAGAAGUUCAAAGUCCCAGAGAUCCCGUUUUAUACGGGACUUGAAGAUCCUGUGGAGCACCUAGAUAAUUUCAGAGCUCACAUAGAUCUCCAUCGAACACCCGAGAUGGUGGCCUGCCGAGCCUUCCCUUUGACCCUCUCAGGCAAUGCCCGUGACUGGUUCAGGAGCCUCCCGCCAAAUUCCAUUCAUCAUUUCGAGGACCUCGGCAGGAUGUUCCUGACGCAAUUCAUGGCCGGCAGGGUCAGAAGAAAACCGUCAGGAUCCUUAAUGUCAAUGCACCAAGGACCCGAGGAAUCCCUCAGAGAUUUCUUUAUGAGGUUCAACCAGGCUAGACUUGAAGCUGAAGCAGCAACGGAUGAUUUCAUCUACGGAGCUCUCUUUCAGGGAAUCCGAAAAGAUGGAGCACUAAUGGCUGACAUAGCCAGGAAGCCCCCUCAGAAUUUAGAUGGCUUUAUGAGUAAAGCCGAGAAGUACAUUAACCAGGAGGAGACACUCCGAGCUCUGUUGGGACCCGAGGCUACUCGCCCAUCCACUUCCGGGAACCCAAAAAAGAAAAAUCCUCGGAAAGAAGAACGGAAGCGGGUUCCAGAAGAAGAGGCCAGGCCGAAGCGGGAUCAAGAGUCCCUAAGGGGUAACAACUGGACACCCCUCAAUGCACCCAUUAUGGAUGUUCUCCUGGAAAUAAAGCGAGACCCGACGUACCGGAAGCCCAGACCGGUGCUCGCAAAUCCGCAUUCACGAUACGCUGACCAGUACUGUGCGUUUCAUGACACCACCGGGCAUCGUACAGAAGCCUGCAUAUCCUUGAGGCUUCUGAUUGAACGUUUCAUAGAAAACGGAAAACUUGUCCGUUUCCUCGCAGAUCAGAGAAUUCAGCAAAACCCGGAGCACAGCAACCGCCACCAUCAGAAUCGGCACCAUCCGGAUCAAAACAAUCCCCGGGAUGAUCGGGGAAGAAACCAAGAAAGAGCAAGGGAACAAGAACGCAGACCAGAUCCUCGGGCUGCACGAGAAAGAAGUAGGAGCCGAGCCAGACCAGAACGGCAGGAAAACCUCCUGGAAAUACAGACAAUUUCGGGGGGUUUCGGAGGAGGUGGAGAAUCUAGCUCGGCGCGGAAGGCAUAUGCAAGACAGUUACGGGAUUUCGAGGUAUACUCGGUGCAGAAACCUCCAAAGUCCCAAAAACGAGACGCACAAGUGAUCGGGUUCUCGGACGAUGAUUACGCAGGGGUAUCACUCCCGCAUACCGACGCUCUGGUGCUGAGUCUGGCCAUAGCCAACCACAAAAUACACCGCGUCUUGGUUGACACAGGAAGCUCGGCUGACAUCCUUUACAAGUCAGCCUUCGAGCGGAUGAAGAUCGAUAGAAGUAAGGUGAUCCCGGCAAGAUAUUCGCUUGUGGGAUUUACAGGAGAGCAAGUACUCCCACUUGGGUCCAUUGAGCUUCCGGUCACAGCAGGAAUGUACCCGAGGCAGAGGACGGUAAUGGUCCGGUUCUUAAUAAUCGACCGACCGUCGGCCUACAAUGUUAUCCUCGGGAGAACAGCUCUCAACGAAUUUAGGGCUGUAACCUCAACUCCUCACCUGAGCAUGAAAUUCCCCACCGAAGAAGGCGUCGGUGUCGAAAAAGGAGACCAGAGGAUGGCCCGAGAAUGUUACAAUACAAGUUUGAAGAAGCUCCCGGAAGCCGCGAGACUCGGAGAGAAGGAAAAAGGGUACAACCAAAUUCACAUUGAUGAAGCCGACUAA